AUGAAAUGGUUUUCUUAUUUUCUUUUUUGUAACACAAAAUUCCAUUUCUCUUUAAUUAACAGUUACAUUUUUGAAGAUGAACGCGGUGUUUGCCCACAAAUUGAAUAUUGUUUCGAUUUAGAAUUACCAUCAGAUUUUAUUCCUGUUGGUUCUGAUGGUGAAGUGGAUAGUUUUCAAUUAGUCAGUAUAUCAGAGCUUAAACAGCUUAUUUUUGAUGAACGUUUCAAAUCGAAUUCAGCAAUGGUUGUUUUGGAUUUUUUGUACAGGCACAAAUUUAUUGAUGAAAAUUCUGAUCCAAGGCAUGCAGAAAUUCAAUCUAUGAUGCAUGUCAAUCUUCCAUUCGAUUGAUUUGCCCAAUACCUACUUGUGUGUGUGUGUGUGAGUGGAUGUGUAUAAUAAUAACAAUAAUUCCCGAUAAAUCGUCAAUCUCUUCUAUUUUCAGCAUACACAAACAAUGCUAACAACCCCUUUCUUUCAACACUUCAAUACAUUCGAAAAUAUAUUUUAUUGUAGAAGAUUAAGCUAAUUAACCUCCUACUCUACUCUCCUCUACUUUACUUUACUCCACCCUUUCGAAAAACCAAAAGAAGAAGAGGGGAAUCACUUUAUCUUUGUUUUAAUUGUAUUUUGUUGAAUCAGACACACAGGGACUGUUGAAUCAGGGGAGAAUUAUUAUUAUUCAUCAAUUUUGUACUGUGCUGUGCUGUCCUGUACUGUGUGUUGGUUGAAUAAUGAAUGCCCAAGAAUACAAACUUCCCUCUCCUGCCCCCGUCGCCGCCGCCAACUUACGAUUUAUACAAAUACAAAAGUGAAAUUUGUUUGACAAGUGACACAAUUUUUCCCUCGAGUAGUUAACAGCAACAAACACAACAAUAACAACAGUAACAACAACAGAACAUAUUCUAAAGAAGACAAAAUCAUACAAAAGAGAAUCAAUUCUCAGCAACCUUCUUUACAUCAAUUGCGCCUAGUUAUAUAUAUAUAUAUAUAUAUAUAUAUAUAUA